CUCCCGGGUGGCGGCGCUGGUCUCUCGCAGGAUCGAUAGCUUUAUACUAUCGGGGGUUGUGAGAAAGAGAACCGACAUCCAUUGAUAUAAUUUUAGGAAUUUUGCCAACUGCUGAAGGUGUUCAUGACAACAGUGAUUCGUUUAGUGAAUAUAUUUAUUUAACAGCAUCUUUUAAGGUGUGACAAGAAGAGACCCUUGUGGGAAACUAAAUAUGUGGGGUCGGUGGACGUGGGCAGUAUGCCUCGUGGGGGUCAUGUCAUCAGCUGGGGCAGGAACUCCCCACUGGCAGCCCUGUAAACUACAGUGCGAUAACAACUUCACCAAAAAUGAUUUAGCACAGUCGGCACUGGUCAGCGUCUGCGAGAGAGGAUGCGACCUCUUCACAGUUGCACUGAUAUCCACACCCCAGAGAUCCCCCGUCUUGCACCUGGGAAACAUCCUUCUUCCUCCGAGUCCUCCAAUCAGAACGUCCCCCCACGAUCUAGUGGUCAAGGUAGAGAAGACCCAGGUGGCGAAAAUAGACAAGGAGGUGGAAAAUAAGCAGCUCGUCCCAGACAAGCCCGUUUUAAGCCACGACGAUUCGCCGUUGAAGUUCAACGCGAUCCACCAGAAAUCCCGCCAGACAACCACUCAGCCAGCGGACCACCCAGUCCAGGACCAUCCGGCUCAAGCAGCCCACCAGGUCACGACAACCCACACCCCGAUUUCGCCGCCCGAAUCCUCCAACCCUAAGCCCGUGAAACCUGAGGAGCACACUGAGGAGACCAACAACAUCGACGCAGAUGAGACCAAGGUUGUAGAAACCAGGACCAUUAUCAUCAAGGAAGAUAAGAGGGAUGAGCAACUGCUCGACAGUGAGAGCCAGGAGAGCAAAGUAGAAUGGAAGAAAGUUGCCAGAGGGAGGGAGAACAAAAAAUCCACGAUGGUUAUCUUAAAAAAUCACGAGGCCAAAAAGGGGAGUUCUGGCAAUGAAAAAGAGCACCCCAAGCCUCCUCCUCAUCAAGAAAUCACCAUUGUCAGUGGUAAAGACCGCCUAGAGCAAGCAAAACAUUCUUGCAGGCAUGCAUGCGGGACUGCUUACAACGUGGCGGCAGAACAGGAGGCCUGCGUGGUGGGCUGCCACCUGCAGGCAACGACGGCUUCCCUGCAGCCUUCUCACGCCUCUCCGCCACAGCCUUCUUCCAGCACCCCCCUGGCUAUUCUCCAGCACGUCAUAUUCAGCCUGGCUGGGCAUGUCGGCCGACUGGUUCGAGUCACCUGGACUUGGACGUCAGGUUCUCAGCAAGAUGGCCAAGAAAAGAUUCAAGUUUAUGGAAGCGAAUCGAGAACAAGAACUACACCCAUCAUCUACAACAAACUCUUGGGUCCAAUUAUGGUUUCUCAGCCGAAAGAGAUUUCUGUAUCAGAAACCAACGUUGGGUUAUCACUAGUUGCUUCAACAAGGCAUCAUGAAGAGCAUUCUAGCCAUCAUGCCCAGCAACAACAGCAGUCAUCUCAGCAACACCAACAACAACAGCAACAGACACAGCAGCAGCAACAACAACAGCAACAACAGAACCAGCAGAGCCAGCUGCAACAGACUCUGCAGCAGCAACAACAGCAACUUGAUCUCCUUGAAUGCAUUUCAAGGAAGUCGGGCUUGCCCAGGUGGUUCAUUGCUGUGACCAUCUUUACUUCUGCUCUUGUUAUUCUGUGGCUGUGCUUCACUCUCACAGCUCCUCCUGAUGACAUCAAGGUUGUCAAGACUAAGCCUCCAGAGCUCGAGAUGGAAGAGGACGAAGAGGAGUUCGAGGAAGAAGACUUCAGCUGUUCGGAAAAGAAGAAGCUCCUGGCUCAGGCUGAUGACGUCAUCAAAAUUCGAAUCGAAAAUGUGUAAGGGAGCGUCUUUCUUUUCAAAGGAUACGCCCAUGGAAAAGCAACCAGGGAGAGAACCAUUCAGAGGAGACAGAGGACGGAGAAAGGCUGAAGUAAGAGACAUGAGGUGAAUUAAUCAAUAAAGGGGGAAAAAACUGAAUGGGGUUGAGAGACAGAAAUGUUAGGGAUUCAAUAUUGGAACUGGAAAGCCAAGCGAAUAUAAAACUGAUGUGCUAUCCACAUAAAUUCGUCUCUUUUAGAAUAUCUUUUAAAAUUAUUCACUAGAGGAAAAGUAAUGUAUUCGUGUUGAAAGAAUGAAAAACUGAAUGAGUUGAAGGUACAAGAAAAAAAUGUUCCUGGUAAAAAAUACCGAGUCACAAAAGUCAGAAGACAUAAUACCAAAAAACUUACUUUCCUCAAAGUAAUGUAAUGGAAUAUAUAUAUAAUAUAUAUAUAUAUCUAUAUAUAUAUAUAUAGAUAUAUAUAUAUAUAUAUAUAUAAAAUCAAUGACAUAAGAUUUAAAAUUUUUGCUCUCGAUACUAAUUCGUAUCUAUAUAAAUCUGCAGUUAAUAGCUUUCUUUCAGUACUAUUUAAGCAUAGUCGCCAAACAUUCUUUAGUAGUACAUCCAAAUUCCAAAACUAUAUCAAGUAACAAAACUGAAGUUAUCAUCGAAAUUCCAAGGGCCCGGGUCUAUCAGCUAUAAAAGAAAUGUAUAUGUCAGAUUGCUAAAUUUCCAUAAUAAAAACUGAAAGAUAGGAACAAAAAUCCUUCAGUUACUGAAUGAGACAACGACAGCUUUUAAUUUUCCUCAUCUGCAAUUUACUGCAGACCGUAAAUUCCUGUUGUAAUUUAGUGAGAUUUGAGCUAAAUAAUUAUGUACAACAAUUCUCAAAAUGCUGUCAAAACGUUGGCUCCCUUAAACGCCCUUUUAUAUAGUUUAUAUCUAUUCUUUAGAGCUCAGCUUUCUGGUUUUGGUAUCAGUUCUCCUUCAGUACGAGGCGGCCUUUAUAACUUGGAUGGCUUUAAUGUAUAAACCUCUUAACUCAAUACUAAAUUUGCAGUAUUUUAGCCGCCUGCUCUUCUUCUGUUAUUUUUUUUUUAUCAUAGACAUGAAGAAAUUAUAUUUCCCUCUGAUAUCCCAUAGAGGUUAGAUCGAUUCUGCGAACCCCUAAAUCUAACUCUGUUUUAGAAAUGAAACGCUAGUCUUUGUACAUUUUAGAACACAGAAAAUCAAACAGGAGACGAGGGAAUCAAGUAACUGCUAAACGCUGUUCAGGGCGAGCGUCAAGAUGUUUUGUCAUUAAUAUUCAGAUUUUACAGACGCUCUCAUUCUAAAUCUGGGGUUCAGAGUAAAAUGAAAUCUUACCUUUUAGCCAAAGUAGUCAGGAUCGGUUCAUUUCUAUGCUUCAUCUUCGUAAAUUUUUAUAGAGAUUACGGAAUCGAAUCCUCCUCCUCCUCUUGCCAUAACAAAUGAAAGUCGGCUAAAAGCGCUUGGUGUGAUUCAAAAGAAAAAAGAAACAAACGAAGGACACGAGCAAGAGGGUGUGACUACUUCAUGAUUUUCACUAUUGCUCUUUCAUCAUUCAAACCUUUUUAUCAUCAAGCGGUGGAGGAAGGGGCAAUGUGUUAAAUGAUUCCAUCCUGUAUUUUGCAGAUCUCGGGGAUACAGACACUGCUGCGCGAAAACAAUCUCUUUAUCGUCAUUAUUGGUUUCCUCUUUAGGAGUGACGGACGGGCUUUGAAAUUUGACGUGUCAUAAAUUGGUGUAUCAGAGAAAAUGCAGGAAUUUUGGAAUCACGUGGUCUGUCCAGUGACGGAUUUUAGUCUCGGUUAAUAUCAGUAAACCAAAAUAUCCUUAUAGAAUCGUGUUUUGUAAGCCCUCGGUCGAAUUAAAACAAUGCUGAAUCUUAUCUUAUUCUAUCACGUAGUGUAAAUUCAAGCAUAAUUGCCACCCUAAAGAACUAGGAAGGUAGCGUUGGCAUUGCCAAUAGAAUACUGAUGACUAUCGAUAACAAAACUUAUUUAAAGAAUAACAAGAAAAGGCCUCCGUGCUUAAUUUUAAAAAAGAAAAUAAAAAUCCCCUUGCUGGCAAAGAAGACUCUGAAUCGGGCCAAAAUUGUGGCGCAGAAAGUGUCUGUGUCCAGACCUGCCCUGUGUAUAGAUGUUUUCAUAUUUAUAGUGCAGAAUAUUGCACGUUAUAGCGAUUUUGAUGGUGUAAUGCUUAUUACUGAUUCCGAAAUGAUCCAGAUUUGGAACAGUAUUUAAUAAAAUGGUGGCGUAUUUGCAAGCUUAUUUUUCUUAUUUUUGUUAUCUUUGAAUGUUGACAAGCUUGGACAUUGACUGAUAAUGGUUGCAUCAAAUGGUUAACUAUUCAUUCCUAUCCCUCAUCAUCAUAUUUCAAGAAGACUAAAAGAUAAAAACAGUCCGAGUGAACUGAAACUCGGAACUGGUCGAGAGAAUGACCCCUCUCAGUUUUAGCACAAAGCAGUAGACUUCGUCAGUAGGUGUAAAAGUAAUAAUAAUAAUAAUAAUAACAAUAAUACUCUUCUAACCUCAACACUGUUUGAUGGUCGAAAGCCAAAUUCAAAGGUCGUUUUCCCCACUAGCGUUAGUAGAGGAAGUUAACUAACAAUAAAAUCCUUCUUUUGAAUUUUGUUUUUUAAGAGAUGAUAUGGAAACGGUAUAUAUAUAUGUAUAUUCGCAUAAUAACUCCUCUUUGUUUUGAUUUCCAAGUAAACUUAGAAGCAGAAUAUAAUAGCGUAGGACUAUUUCAUUUCUUUGUUUUGAAGUCUUUUUCCUAAUGGAAAUCGAAUAAAAGUUGCUUCAAGUGAAUCUUUUUAUGUGAUAGACAUUCUAUAAUGAUAAUAAUGAUAAUUAUAAAAUGUACAUGAGCUAAAUGGAUAUAAAUUUAAUGGUUAUAGUUAAAAGAUACCUUUCUAGAAGCCAAAAAAAAAGCUUUGAAUGGUAAAGCAAACAAUUGAUUGUAGUAUCAAAAGCUUAAUUUUUUUGUUUGGCUUUUUCUAUUGUUUUUGUAUCAUCGUUAUUAGAAGGGGGCAUUUACGAUAAUAAUGCUAGCAAUUGUUGUUAUGUUAGCUGUCCCCGAAUCAGUUUAGGUUGUUUUCGAUUGUCACUGAUUUGAGGAUGAACAACUCGAUGUGGGCUGGUACGUGGAAGAGAUGAGCUCGUCAGUCGCCAUGUUGCAUUCCUGAUGACGUCAUUACUCUGAGGUCUUUUCGGAAGCCACCACUUAUUUCUUCGACAGAAUUUUCAGUCUUCUUCAAGUUUAAUGUGGUAAAUAAAUCGAAGAAUUUCUUUAUUGCAACUUGCUUCCAUUACUGAAUCAGAAAUCCGCUUUUUAAGUAAGACAUGAGAAAUAAAGCAUCAUAGCGUCUAAUGCAUUCUUCUCAACACACUUUGAAAGUGAUUCAUUUCCUUGAUGGUGACUUGGAGUCACGUUCAGAGCCAAACCAGCCUCUCUUGGGUUGCAUCUCGUUACGUAUAGGAACCAAUCUUCCAUCGCGUAUUUGAGUGAAUUUAUUAAGUUCACGGCUACUUACCAAAGAGGAAUUUUAGAUGUGUGAAAGUUCGUGUAGUUUCUUACUCUGACUUCCGAUUGAUGUGAUAUAUACAUAUUUAAAUCAAAUUCAGUUUCGUAUGAGUCAGGUACUAUGAAGAAAAAAAUCGUGUGGUAAGUGUAGUUUCUCUAAUUAUUUUUUGCGAAUACUCACGACAAGGGAAAGACUUAUAACUUUACGAGAUUCUGGGUGUUUUUUGCACAAAUCAUGAAAAGGGCGGCUGAACUUAAUCCAAGGGAAUAUUGCUGACGUAUGGAGAACGAGUGAUCUUUGGUAGUAGCUAAAACGCUAUGCAAAAUAAACAAGGAUCUAGAAAUAAUUGCGUGCGUUCCAGAAAUUAAACCGAACAUUAAAUCAAGUGUGAUCCAAUGCGAUCCCAUAAAACAUGAACAAACAGUGUAAAGUAUGAUAUUCAUCAUAAUUAAACAGGUGUCCCCGUUAAUCCUAUUGACGAUGCCAUGAUCAACACCGGUUAUCUUCUCUUCCCAGCGACCCAUUUUUCACUUUUAUUAAAAACCAAAUACAACUCUCGCUUCAGUAUUCCUUCUUACAUGAAAUUUCAGUGUUGACAUCAAUAGAAACCCACAGAAGUGUUCUAAAAACCAAAUUCAUAUUUCUGCUGCGCAACCACAAAUAGAUUUCUUUCUAAGAUUUUUCCUAAGCACUCAAGAGCCAGUCUACUGUUCUCGGAUGGCUUCGUGAACUUCCUUUUAGGACCCAGUAGGUAUAUCUGUGAAAAUCUCAAAUAUAUAGCAGCUCAUUCUUCUUCUGACAACAAGACUAGGCAGACGGCUGCCAGCGUUGCUUCCGUAAGAACCCAAAAACAAAAUCUUGCUCAUAGAAAACAUGGCAGGCUUCUGUAGCGUUGGCGGGGAAGCUGCAAAUCUCUGAGAUAACCCAGUGGAAGUUCAGCCGCCCUGAAUACUCCUAUUAAACAAUGCACAAUGAAUGUUCUGUUGUUAAAUGGCCUAACCCUUAUCUCCAGCUAUGUGUACAGUCAUGCAUUAAUAAAUGCCGUAGAAUAUGUACAUGUUUGGUUGAUUAAACACAAACCAAAGUUGU